AUGCGUUCGCUCGCCACCUCCGUAGUGCUAUCUGUUUUGUUGUCGACCGUUUUUGGACACGAGGGCCACGAAGAGGCUCAGCUGCCCCUCGGGUACGUUAAGUACCCCUGGCAAGCAUCGAUCCCCGGAGAUGGCGAUGUUACCGCGUACUCGAUUUUCUCGGGUAUCACCACCUUCGCUAGGUUACCCUGGUCCCAAUGCCUAGGCAAGGACAAGGGCGACGCCUUUGACAUCGCGUUCCUCGGCGCUCCUUUCGACACGGGCACCUCAUACCGCCCUGGUGCACGUUUCGGUCCCGCCGGUAUCCGUGCGGGCUCACGUCGCCUCACCCUCUACGGCGGGUACAACGUCCCCCUCGCCGUGAACGCGUUCACGUCCGGACUGAAAAUCGUUGACUGUGGAGACAUCGCGGUCACCCCGUACGACAACAAGCACGCCAUCCAGCAGAUUGAGGAUGGCCACAAGGAGCUCUUGCACCGUCCGGCAUACUCCCCGCUUGGCAACGACUCCGUUACCGGAGAGUCACUGCUUCCGAUCUCAAAGGAUGGCAAGCACCACCCGCGCCUCAUAACUCUUGGCGGUGACCACACCAUCGUCCUCCCAAUCUUGCGCAGCAUUUACUCUGCGUACGGCGAGAUCUCGGUUAUUCACUUCGACUCCCACUUGGACACCUGGAAGCCGUCCGUGUUUGGCGGUGCCCCAUCGCAUCAGGCUGAGAUCAACCACGGUACCUACUUCUACUGGGCCAGCCAAGAGGGCCUCAUCAAGAACGGAAGCUCAAUUGCAAGUGUCUAUGUUCUUCGUCUGCUUUGCUCCUCCGUCCCUUAUUCGAUUCGCGACCCGUCCGAUGCUACGCACCUUCACGGUGCCAUCCGAACGACGCUCAGCGGUCCCUCGGACUACGUCAACGAUGACAACGCGGGCUUCCAGCGCAUCGAAGCCCGCGAGAUCGAUACACUCGGUGUUAAUGGCAUAGUGAAAAAGAUCCGCGAGACCGUUGGCGAUCGCCCGGUCUACCUCUCCAUCGAUAUCGACUCUAUCGAUCCUGCCUUUGCCCCUGCCACGGGCACCCCGGAGACGGGUGGUUGGACUACCCGCGAGCUUCGCGCUAUCCUUCGCGGGCUCGACGGGCUAUUCAUUGUCUCUGCCGAUAUCGUCGAGGUGGCGCCCGCUUAUGACACCAACGCCGAGCUCACGACUAUGGCUGCGGCCGAUGUUCUCUUCGAGGUGCUCGGUGUCAUGGCGAAGACUCCCCUCGGUAAAGUUAAGUCCAAACUGAACUAAAUAUGACCCGGUCAUGUUACACGAAGACCUAUCUCUUGAUCGUUCUAGUC